CCGCGCCGCGCGGUAUAUAGCGCCUCCCGCCGGCUGCAGGGCCAUUCAUUCGUCGCAGCUGCCAUCUCGCACGGUCACGCCGAACGGUCUCGCCAUGCUCGCUGCCACCAGAUGUUUGCCCGGCCGCGGCCCGCGCAUGCUCGAGUGCGGGCGUGCUUUGGCUGACGGCACGCACUCGGCCGCCGGGGCGCAGCGCGCUUGCACGGGGAAGACUUCCGCCCCGCAGCCUACUCUAACGAGCUCUGCGUUUGUGUUUCCAGAAGCAGGUGGCGGCGAGUCAGCCGACGCGAGGCAUCCACACUACGCCGCCUCUGAUGCGCUGAGCCUCGACCUUCGCCGGCCGUCUAAACUUCAGGAUUCAUAA